AUGUCACAAUAUCUUGAGAGCGAAGCUACGUUUGAGGGUCACUUCAUCGGGUUUCUCUAUCGUCAAUGGCUAAUCCACCGGAAACCAAUCCCCAAGGGAACAACCAUCUCAGGUCAAACGGCCAUCGUGACCGGCUCCAACUCUGGUCUCGGAUUUGAAGCUGCGCGACAGCUACUCCAGCUCGGUCUUGCACACCUCGUCAUGGGCGUGAGAUCAGAAACACGCGGUAACAUAGCUGCAGACAAGCUCCGGGAAGAGUUCCCAGACUCAACCAUCUCGGUCUGGCUUGUCGAUAUGGAGUCGUACGAUUCCAUCAUGGCAUUUGCAAAGAAAUGCGAGACACUUCCGCGCAUCGAUAUCGCCAUAUUAAACGCUGGUCUACGAUGCGAUAAUUUCACAGUUGUCGAGGCUACGGGCCACGAGAAGACCUUCCAGGUAAACUACCUUUCAACCAUCCUACUUGCCAUCCUCCUGCUUCCGGUCCUUAAGUCAAAGAAACUGUCAUCGAACAGUUUAUUCCCUCCCCGGCUUUCAAUCGUCACGUCAGAUACUUCAUAUUGGGCGGAUCCGCUCGAGGCGGGACCGGUGCUGCCCCAGUUCGACAUUCCCGAGGAGUUCAAGUCGAUGCGGUCUUACCCGAGGAGUAAGUUAUUACAACUAUAUUUCAUCUCUAAGCUAGCGGAGCACGUUAAAGCCGACGACGUCAUCGUCAACGCAUCCAAUCCGGGUUUCUGUAGAGGCACACAGUUCGGAGAUGGAGCUGUAAAAUCCUUUAUAUCUGCACUGACAUUCUGGAUCUUCCAAAACCUAAACGGAAGAACGGUAGAGAAUGGAGCCAGCGCCGUAGUUGAUGGUGUCGUCACGAAGGGUAAAGAGAGUCAUGGAAGCUACGUCAGUGAUUGGGGUAUCCGACCGUAUCCUAAGGUCGUAUACACAAAAGAAGGACAGGAAAUAAGAGAGAGGGUAUGGGAAGAGACGUUGGAAGAACUCAAUUUUGCCGGUGCUUCUCGGAUCAUUGAAGAGAUGAAGCGCUGA